AUGGCAACCAAUAACAACAAAACAUACCAUCUCUAUUCAUAUUACCGCUCAACAUGCAUAAAUCAUGUUGUGAUUGCCAUGCACCUUAAGGGUAUUCCUGUUGAGCACACGUACAUUGAUCUCGACAAAACCGAGCACGAAAGCCCUGAGUUCCAAGCACUGAAUCCAAGCAAAUCUGUACCGAUCCUCAUCAUCAAGGAAGAUGGGAAUGACACUAUUCUCACCUAG